AGAGAAGCAACGACCGGUCCCGCUCCCCGCAGCGGCAGCGGGUUCCCACGGCGCGCGGGGCGGGGCCGGCGGACUUUUUUUUCCCAUGGUGCCGCGCGCAGGCGCCGCGGUGUGCUGCGUCACGGCGCCGGGCCGCGUUAGUCUGUGCGUGGCCGGCUGCGGGUGCGGACGUACUCCGCCAUCAUGGCCUCCUCAUCCUCCUCCUCUGCCGCGCACCCGGCGCCCCCCCCCGCCGCCGCUGCCACCGCCGCUGCCGCCCCGCCGGCUCCCGCCGCCCCGGGCAUCCUCAUCGGCGACCGGCUCUACUCGGAGGUGUCGCUCACCAUCGACCACUCGCUGAUCCCCGAGGAGCGGCUCUCACCCACUCCUUCCAUGCAGGACGGCCUGGAUUUGCAGUGCGAGACCGACCUGCGCAUCCUGGGCUGCGAGCUCAUCCAGGCGGCCGGCAUCCUCCUCCGCCUGCCGCAGGUGGCGAUGGCGACGGGGCAGGUGCUGUUUCAUCGGUUCUUCUAUUCGAAGUCCUUCGUCAAGCACAGCUUCGAGAUUGUUGCUAUGGCCUGCAUCAAUCUUGCAUCCAAAAUCGAAGAGGCGCCUCGUCGUAUAAGGGACGUGAUCAAUGUGUUCCAUCAUUUGCGGCAGUUAAGAGCAAAAAGGACUCCAAGCCCCCUGAUACUUGAUCAGAACUACAUAAGCACCAAAAAUCAAGUAAUCAAAGCAGAAAGGAGGGUACUGAAGGAGUUGGGAUUUUGUGUUCAUGUCAAGCAUCCACAUAAGAUCAUUGUUAUGUAUUUGCAAGUCUUAGAAUGUGAACGUAAUCAAACCCUGGUACAGACAGCCUGGAAUUACAUGAAUGACAGCCUUCGAACGAAUGUGUUUGUUCGCUUUCAGCCAGAGACUAUAGCAUGUGCUUGUAUUUAUCUUGCUGCUAGAGCUCUGCAGAUUCCGCUACCUACCCGUCCUCACUGGUUCUUGCUCUUUGGCACCACGGAAGAGGAGAUUCAGGAGAUAUGCUUAACAACUCUUAAGCUCUACACCAGGAAGAAGCCCAAUUAUGAAUUCCUGGAUAAAGAAGUAGAAAAGAGGAAAAUGGCACUACAGGAAGCUAAACUGAAGGCAAAAGGUUUAAAUCCAGAUGGAACUCCAGCACUCUCAACACUGGGUGGCUUUUCUCCUGCAUCCAAACCAUCUUCCCCGAGAGAAGUAAAAACUGAAGAGAAGAGUCCAGUAUCUCUGAAUACCAAAACCGUUAAAAAAGAGCCAGAAGAGAGGCAGCAAGCCUCAAAGAGCCCUUACAAUGGCAUGAGAAAAGAAAGCAAGAGAAGUAGAAGCAGCAGAAGCGCUACUCGAUCUAGGUCAAGAACAAAGUCACGCUCUCGAUCCCACACGCCAAGGCGGCACUACAAUAACAGGCGGAGCCUGUCCGGGACAUACAGCUCGAGAUCGAGAAGCAGGUCCCGUAGCCACAGCGGCAGCCCUCGCCGACACCACAACCACGGCUCGCCGCACCUGAAGACCAAGCAUAGCAGGGAGGAGUUGAAGAGCGCAAAUAGACACGGUCACAAGAGGAAAAAGUCGCGUUCGCGUUCGCAGAGCAAAUCCAGGGAUCAUUCUGAUGCUGCCAAGAAGCACCGGCACGAGCGGGGACACCACAGAGACAGGCGCGAGAGGUCCCGCUCCUUCGAGAGGUCUCACAAAGGCAAACACCACGGCAGCGGCCGGUCGGGACACGGCAGGCACAGGCGCUGAGGUUCGCACCUGCACUGGCUGCUAGUUAAGCCUGUAUAUAAUACGGUAAACGGACUCUUUAUUUGAGAACAAAGGAACCGAUUAGGAUUUGAUUAAUUUAAACCCAGUAUCUGAUUUUUUUCUAAAACGUAGAUUUUUUUUCUUUCGGGAAAGAAACUGUUACCAACUUUUGCACAUAAUACCUUAGCAGUAUCAGAUUGAUGGAAGACAGCGAUCAGGUUAAAUUAUAUGUAUUAGAGUUGUGUAUUGUUUAUCGAUAUGAGAACUGGAGAAUGGAUUUCUGUAAAGAAGCAAAAUGUACCUUAUUUUUAUACAAGUCAAUUGCAGACACUUAUAUUUAAGUAUAGUUAUUUGUUUAAACGAUGGUGGCUACUUUCUUACACUGGUUUUAGUCUGCAUGUGUUAAAAGAUUUUUACAGGAAAUAAAAUAUAAAGCUUUUUUUUUUA